UUAUGAUUGGAAGACCAAGGCGGCCGGUGAAGAAUGCGAGGCGGCCCAGAGUCUGGACUGCCCGAUAUGCAACACGCACUCAUUGGCCGCGUACUGCCUCCAAUGUAGUAGUAGACGGCGUCGGCUAAAGUGCCAUUUCCAGCCAGCCCCCACGGCGGCUGAUGGCAACUACUUGGUACAGGUCGCAGGACGAAGAAAGUUCGUCUGGAACCUACCGAGGCCCUCUAAUAAUUCAGAGGACCUAUCACGGUUAUAAUGCAUAAGAUGGAAAACGACGGGUUACGGGAAGCGGGCGCGCUGUCCAGGUGUCUGGGCUAUUUCGGGGCGGGCUCAGCUCUAAUCAUCGGUACCAAAUCACUCGUCGAAUAUCACUUCGCCCAUUGGCGGUGGAGAGGGCUCACUAACUUGCUUCUCGCAAAAAUGAGGAUUCGACCGGUCAGUCCUAAGACAUUGACCGAUAAUAGCCGCCAAGAGGAACAACAAAUGCCAGCUGGUCCCGUGAGGGAGCAGCGAUCACUCAAACCGCCAACACACCCUUUUGUGUCUUUAAAAUCGCAUCACGCUGGCACUUGCAUGCAGAGGCGCGCGACUCGGGACGGGCCACGCACCCAGCCGUCCGUCAUGCCAACAGCGAGCCAGCCGCGAGUGAAGAUGUUUAUGAGGUCAGAGAUAGAUGAACGUCAUCGUGUCUUGAGCGUCUUAGUUGCACAGCCAUCCCGAGAUCUCUCGGAGUCAUGCGGCCAAUAUCGGUGUUCAAAUCCUUCUGGAAGAAGGAAGCACAGCCACCUUGCGGGUGAAACUGGAUUCAGUUUCGCAGGUACUGCUAGGCGCAAGAGGGCGACAAAACUGGCUCGAGAGACGCAUGAAACAGCUAGGGGGGUAGAAUCGAAAAUCGACCUCUCUGAUGAAAGGUAACGCAUCACAGUGAUCGCACCAGGUACGUGGGACGGGCGGCUUGGGCAAAGUUCUUGGCUUCGUGCCUCUGCGGCACUUAAAUGACGCGCAGCAAAUGUGCCGGGUGUUGGACUCUUGGGAUAUGUCUCCGAGUGUUGGGUUGCACCGGG